CUGUCCCACCAGCUGUCCCACCCACUUUCUCACCAGCUGUUGCACCAGCUACCCCGCCAACUGUCCCACCUACUGUCCCACUAGCUCUCCCACCUGCUCUCCCACCAGCUGUCCCACCUCCUGUCUCACCAGCUGUUGCACCAACUGUUGUACCAACUGUCCCAACAUCUGUCCUACCUGCUUUCCCACCAUCUGUCCCACCAACUGUUGCACCAGCUGUUCCUACAGUUGACAGGCGGAUGCUGGACUUCCCAGUAGCAGAUCUCCGCCCCACCUGCUGCGCCUCCUGCUGUCCCUGCAGGAGACAGAGGCGGAUACUGGACUUCCCAGAAGCAGGUGCUGCCUGCCACCCUGGUGCCGUUUUUCUCCCGCCAGCUGUCUUCUUAUUGUGA